GCGUAGGGGAGCGAUCGCCUCGCAUUUCGAGGAGUGUAAUCCAUUAUGGAGGGCAAACCAGAGGCAACUGGCGACGAACAUCCUGUACCAAAGCAAAGAAGAAUUCAGACAAAUUCUGUGCAAAUAAAUGGCGAUGCACGACCAAAUGGUCAUGCUCGAGAAGAAGAAGGAGAAGUCACUACGACCACACUUUCAACGAUCGCUGUUCGGGCAGGACCGCACGCUUCCAUAGUUGUUGCAUUAUUGAAGUCUGUUGGAUAUAUACAAUUACGAAUUGACGAAAUGAAACCAGGUCUCCUUGCCAUUGGAGGAUCUGGUGAAGAAGCAGCUGCUUUACUUCAAAUUCACGAUGAUCUCAUGGCACGACUCAAGGACAAAGAAGAACAAGUGACUGCCGUGCUAACGCGAGCGGAAGGUUUGAGCUCGGAGAAACAAGCUAAUGAAGCAAUAGUCUAUGACGAUAUGGCAAAAUGCUUGAGAGAGGCGUGGCAAGGGCUAAACAAACAACUAAUAUUACGAGGCUACCUUCUCAGGGAAACGUUACACUUCUAUCAGUUGGCAGAACGCCAUGAACAGCUAGUCAAUACAGUAACAGAUGCUCUCAAACGAUUAAUGGCUGGUGAAAGCGGUGAAGACAGCCCAGCAGCCGCGAAGAAGAUUGAGAGUACCGUAAAUGAACUCAUUGAGACCACAGCUCAAGCAGUGGACUCUGGUUCAUCGGUAAUAGCUCAGAUACGAACCCUUGGUCAACUUAGUGAUGACCCUGGACGACCACAGGAAACACUGAAUGCAUGCGUACUCAUCGAAAAAGUUAUGUUGAGGAUUGCCUCGGAAUGGGAGGGAGUAGAAACAACGUGGAAGAAUGAAAAGUCCAAAGUUAUUCCAGCUGAAAAAAUCGACGAAAUGGAGGAGAUCGAAGAAUGGCUGUCACUUGCAGAACGACGAGUCAAAGCAGUCAAUGAGCUUGGUUUUAAGCGCCUACUGGAAGAAGGAGAUGCGCACAAAGCUCGUCUGCUCGAGUUGGGUGCCAGUGGUGCAGCCGACGGCUCUAGAGUCGCACAUCUGAACGGCAGAAUUGAGGAAUUCCUGCACUACGUCAAGACCAGAAUGAACCGCUCAAAACGAAUUCAGGCGUUCUUCCAGUCGGCACAAUCGACUCUUUCACAACUGUCGAUGAUGGAAGCAGAUAUGCGAAACGCCAACGCAGCCAUGGCCGGGGAACUUUACCCGUUGGCAAAGCAGAAAGCCACUACAGUCAUCCACGAGGGUCGUGACAUAGCCGCAAGGGAGGUACUUACGUACGAAGAACACGCUCUGGUGAAACAACGGUGUCGAGAAAUGGAGGUUCAACUGCGUAUGCUUGAAAGUCUUGCCAAUGAUCGCCAGAGAGGCACGCAAGUCAGUCAAGAGCUAGCUAGCCUACAAACAUGGCAGGAUAUGCGUGUCGUACCUUUCCUUGCCACGCAUGCCGACAUGGGUGGGACCUUGAACGAAGCGGUAGAUUUUAUUGAAGCGCACAAAUUAUUUGCGGAUGAAGUCGUUAAUCGCGAUGCAUCCGUCGUCUCAGCAAUGUCAAAGACGUCACAGAUGACAGUAGUAGAGCAACAUGCUAUGAGAACAUUUGAAAGAAACUACGAGCGGCUCAAAGAACUUCUUGAGCAUCGUAUGCGUAUCGGUAGCAAUUUUGUCCAGGUGCACAAAUUCGCGAAAGACCUAGAAUCAUCGUUUGAUGCUCUCGGAUCCCUGCUUGACACCAAUAGGGACUUCGCGAGCGAUAAGGUGGCAGCACAAGUGAAUAAUGUCUUCCGCAUGAUUGAGGAGACGAUGACUCAGGAGAAACAUGACGUUGAAAGAUUUGUCAAUGCUGCUCAGACAGUACAAAGAAGUGAUGAGACUCUGGAUGUACAUCGAUCCGUAAGAGCGGCACAGAAUAUGCUGAUCGACCACGAUCACCGCUACAUUUAUCUCAGAUCGAAAUGGGACGAUUGGCAGAGAAAUAAGAUCGAACUGAAGAAGCAUGUAAGGAUCAUCGAGGAGAUUGAGAUGUGGCAGGAAGACACGUGGGAGAUCAUUAGACUCCUCGAGAACACUGCCGUCACUACUCUGCAGGAGAGCGAAGGGCUUCAUCGCAGAGUUGCUGAGCUGGGUCAGACGAUCGACCAACAGACGGCGAAACUGGAAGACGCGAGAAAGUAUAGAGAAAAUGAGGAGUACAACAGAAGAAUUGACGAGCUGCUGAGGAGACAGAAGGAGAUAAUGGAGCGCUACAAGAAGCUAAAGAAGAAGGUGGAAAUCGAGUACGAAACAUUCGCGCAGCAAGAAGUCGAAGAAACAAUCAGAGCUCCUCAAAUUCUCACCGCCCUGCAGGAUGCCCAGGUUGAAGAAGGUACCCGCUUCGAGUUUGUUGCACGGAUCGAGGGCGAGCCAGAACCAAAAAUCACCUGGCUAAAGGAUGGAAUCGACGUCAAAAACAACAUCGACUAUCGUCAGGAAUACAUUAACGGAGUUGCUAGCCUAGUUAUUGAGGAAACUUUCAUCGAAGAUACGGCCACAUAUACGGUUCGAGCCGAAAACGAAGGAGGAGUUGCGGAAAGCAGCGCCAAACUAACAGUUAAAUCCCGCUCAACCGUUUCUAGCUAUCUCGAAGAGGAAAAGCCGCGAUUUAUUAAGAAACUAACCAAUGUAACAGUGACAGAAGAAGAGACAGCUCGCUUCGACUGCGUUGUUGUUGGUCGUCCGGAACCAGAAGUGGUUUGGUACAAAGAAGAGAACACCAUAAAGGAAGACAAGAGAGUGCACUUCGAAUUUACCGGCGACCAUUGCACGCUUACCAUUGAUCGGACAGUACCAUCCGAUACCGGAUUGUACACUGUCAAAGCGAAAAAUAUCCAUGGCGAGGCUAUCAACUUCUGUCAACUGAAGGUCAUUCCUAAGAAACAACCACCACCCACUCCUCCAAAGCCUCUGGGGCGCCCUGUUAAACCACCGACAAUCAGAACGACGUUAACCAGCACCACGUACGAAGAAGGAGAUACAGCAAUCCUUCAGAUAAACGUGCAAGGAGAGCCGCGCCCUCGCGUGGAAUGGCGAUUUGAAGAGCAGCCCAUUUACACAACAACUACCACGAAAAUCGAGGAAACGGAAGAAGGCUGGCAUCGUUUGAUCAUCUCACCCAUCACCCCUGCUCAUGCCGGCACCUAUACGGCUGUGGCUACCAACGAAUAUGGCGAAUCGUACACCUCGGCCACGUUGACUGUCCAGCCUUCAACCACCACCAAAACUGUCGUUGAAGAUAUGCUUCAGGAGGACACUUACGAGAAGCUUCAAUCUGAAAAACAGGAGAUCCAUGAAGCACCAAGACCUGAAAUCGAAACGAGUACGACCACCAAAGUCUCUCUGGAAGCAUAUCAUGCAGGAAAAAUUGAUGUUGCUCCACAACCAGAAAUCCAGACAACCACAACGACUCAGGUCGCUGAAACAUAUCAUGCCGGGCAAAUUCACGAAGUUGCACCUAAGGUCGAAACAACAACAACUACACAGGUCACAACGGAGGCUUACCACGCAGGGGCUUACUACGAGGCGGUGCCCGAGGCGAAGCCGGACAAACAGAAAAUCACUACGGAGAAGCAAGAGAAAAUGUAUAGCGCUGCAAUUCGUCAAUCACCAGCACCCGAAACACAUCAGGCGCGGCUCACUCAUGGAGCAUCAGUUGAAAAUAUUGCACUUACUGGCGUAUCCCUGGCUCCAGAAGUUCACAAAGCUCGUCUUUCUCGUGGAAAAUCUGUUGAAAGCAUCGCGGCAAUUCGAAGAUCUCCAGCCCCAGAAUCUCACAAGGCUAGUCUCACUUCCGGAUAUAGCGUAGGAAAUAUAGCGGCGAUUCGCCACAUACCGCAUCCUGAUACACAUCAAGCUACCGUAACCAGUGGAGUGUCAGUAGAAAACAUUGCGGCCAUUGGACGAGCCCCAAUUCCCGAAUCCUAUCGCGCAGAUGUCACCUCGACACCCAUCGGAAAUAUUGCUGCCAUCCGUAGGACUCCCGCGCCGGAAGCAGAAUUCGCAACUACUACUCCCGGAACUGCAAUAGGGAACAUAGGAGCAAUUCGUAAAACACCGGCUCCCGAAACCGACUUUGCUACAACCACUCCAAAAACUGCAUUGACAAAUGUUACAGCCAUUCACAAAACUCCUGCUCCAGACUAUGCGUCGACCACUCCUUUUGCUUUUGAAAAUGUCGGAACCAUUCGCAAGACUUCAGUUCCUCAGUCUGGAAAGGCUACUACAGUUCUCAGAUCUGUGGAAAAUGUUGCAGCAAUACGCCGAACUCCUGCUCCUGAGGCUAUUUACGCCACAACCACUCCUAAAUCUGCAAUCGGAAAUAUUGGUACAAUUCGCAAAACUCCUGCGCCGGAGGCUGCUUUUGCGACCACCUCUGCCGGAUCUGCUGUGGAGAAUAUUGGUGCUAUCCGUAGAACUCCUGCUCCAGAAGCCGAUUUUGCUACCACAACUCCUGCGACUUUAUUGGAGAAUAUUGGUGCAAUACGAAGAAGUGCUGCUCCUGAGCAUGGAGUUGCUACAACAACUCCUGGGUCAGCUGUGGAAAAUGUUGGAGCAAUACGUAAAACUCCUGCUCCUGAGCAUGGCCUUGCCACAACAACGCGUUUUGAUGUGGAAAAUGUUGGAGCAAUUCGUAAAAUCAUAGCUCCUGAGCAAGGGCAUGCCACUACCACGCCUGGUUCUGCUGUCGAGAAUAUCGGAGCUAUCCGCAAGACAGCCGCUCCCGAAGCUGAGUUUGCUACAACUACGCCUAAAUCUGCUUUGGGAAGUAUUGGAACGAUUCGCAGCACUCCAGUUCCCGAAACGGGAAUGGCAACGACUACUGCUGGAACAGCUAUUGAAAACAUUGGUACCAUUCGCAAAACACCGGCCCCUGAAGCCGAUUUUGCCACCACUACUCCAAAAUUCAAUCUGGGAAGUGUCGCUACUAUCCGUAGAACUCCAGCACCUGAAUCCGCUGUUGCCACAACCACACCCGCAUUUUCCGUGGAGAACAUUGCUGCAAUCCGUAAAUCCACAGCCCCUGAAGCUAUUUAUGCCACAACCACUCCUAGGCCUGCUUUGGGAAGUAUCGGAAGAAUUCGUAGCGCUCCAGCACCUGAAACUGAUUUUGCUACCACCACUCCGGGAAUUACUGCGGAGAAUAUUGCCGCAAUCCGUAAAACAGCAGCUCCUGAAGCGGAAUUUGCCACUACCACACCCAAAUCUGCUGUAAUCAACAUUGGGACCAUUCGCAAAACACCAGCUCCUGAAUCUGAGCUACCCACCACCACCCCCGGAUCUGUUGUAGAAAAUAUUGGAAUGAUCCGCAAAACCCCUGCUCCCGAAGCAGAACACGCCACCACUACCAAAACACCAAUAGAAAAUAUUGGAAUGAUUCGCAAAACACCAGCUCCUGAAGCCGAAUUUGCAACAACAACCGCAAAAACUGUUCUGGGAAAUAUAGGAACAAUUCGUGAAACCUCAACUCCAGAGUCUGGUGUUGCCACAACAACUCCUGGUUCUGUCGUAGGCAAUAUUGCAACCAUUCGCAAGACUCCUGCUCCUGAAGCUGUUUAUGCCACAACUACUCCUAAAUUCGCUGUGGGAAGUAUUGGAACGAUUCGUAGCACACCGGCCCCUGAAACUGCUUUUGCCACAACCUCUCCUGGCACAACGCUGGAAAAUAUUGGAACCAUUCGCAAAACGCCAGCUCCCGAGGCCGGCUUUGCCACAACCACUCCGAAAACCGCUGUAGAAAACAUCGGAACGCUGAGAAGCACACCAGCCCCAAAAACUGAUUUCGCAACAACGACUCCUAAAUCUGCUUUAAAGAUUGUCGCAGCAAUCCGUAGUACCCCAGUUCCUGAAAGUGAUUUUGCCACAACCGUUCCUGGAUCUGCCAUCACAAAUAUCGCAGCAGUUAGGAGCACACCAGCUCCACAGACCGAGUUUGCAACAACAACUCCAAAAUCUGUUGUGGAAACUGUUGCAGCAAUUCGUAGUACCCCAGCCCCUGAGAGCGAUUUUGCUACAACUACACGUGGAUCAGCGGUUGAAAACGUUGUAGCAAUAUGUAGUAAACCGGUCCCUGAAACAGAUUUUGCCACAACCACUCAUGGAACAGCAGUGGAGACCGUUGCAAUGAUUCGCAGCACACCAGCUCCUGAGUCAGAUUUUGCUACAAGAAUCCCUGGAUCUGCUAUCGAAAACAUCGCUGCUAUCCGUAGUACGCCAGCACCCGAAACCUCCUUCGCUACUACUACUCCCGCUUCCGCAGUUGAGACUGUCGCAACUAUCCGUAGUACUCCUGCUCCAGAAACCAAUUUUGCCACAAAAACUCCUGCAUCCACAGUUGAAGUUGUUGGUGCCAUUCGUAGUGCUCCAGCUCCCGAAACUGCUUUUGCUACGACCACUCCUGGCUCCGCAGUGGAAACUGUUGGAAUGAUACGUAGUACUCCAGCUCCUGAAUCUGAUUUUGCCACUAAAACUCCAGGAUCUCUUAUUGAAAAUAUUGCAGCAAUUCGCAGCACUCCAGCUCCCGAAACAGCUUUCGCUACGACUACUCCCGGUUCAGCAGUAGAGGCUGUUGGAACCAUCCGUAGUACCCCAGCUCCUAGAACCGAUUUUGCAACGAAAACCCACGGCGCAGCCAUUGAGAAAGUUGGAGCAAUCCGUAGUACUCCAGCCCCGGAAACGGACUUUGCUACAAUUACUCCCUCUUCAGCACUGGAGGCUGUUGGGGCCAUUCGUAGUACUCCAGCUCCUGAAACCGAUUUUGCCACAACAACUCAUGCAACAGUCAUCGAAAACAUUGCCGCAAUUCGUAGCACCCCAGCUCCAGAAACUUCAUUUGCUACAACUACUCCUGGCUCUGUGGUGGAAGUUGUUGGAGCUAUUCGUAGUACCCCAGCUCCCGAAACUGAUUUUGCUACCACUACUCCUCGAUCUGUUCUCGAGAAUGUUGUAGCAAUUCGUAGUAUUCCGGUUCCUGAAACUGAUCGGGCAACAACCACGAAGUCUGUUCUAGAGAACGUUGGAACAAUUCGCAGAACUUCCGUUCCUGAAUUAGAAUUUGCUACUACCACACCGGCAUCUGCUCUAGAAAAUGUUGCAGCGAUACGCAGAACUGCGCCUCCUGAAUCCAGAGUGGCUACCACCACUCCUGGAUCAGUGAUUGAGAAUAUCGCUGCUAUCCGCGAAACAGCCGCUCCUGAAGCUGUUUUCGCUACAACCACCCCUAAGUCAAUUUUGGGAAAUAUUGGAACGAUUCGCAGUAGUUCAGUGCCUGUAUCCGAAGUAGCCACUACUACUCCUGGCACUGCUGUUGAAAAUAUUGGGGCUAUUCGAAAAACUCCAGCCCCAGAAGCCGAUUUUGCUACCACCACGCCUAAGUCUGUUGUUGGCAAUAUUGGCACAAUUCGUAGUACUCCUGCACCCGAAUCUGGAGUUGCUACAACCACUCCUGGUACAGCUGUGGAGAAUAUUGGAGCAAUUCGUAGAACUUUGGCUCCCGAAGCCGAGUUUGCUACGACUACGCCUCAAUCUGUAGUGGGGAACAUUGGAACAAUUCGGAGUACUCCUAUUCCCGAAUCUGGAGUUGCCACUACUACUCCCGGUUCGGCUGUGGAGAACAUUGGAGCAAUCCGUAAAACACCAGCACCAGAAGCCGACUUUGCCACAACAACCCCGAAAACCACAUUGCGAAAUAUUGUUGCGAUACGCACAACUCCGAUUCCUGAGUCUGGAGUUGCCACUACCACUAGAUCUUCUGUGGAAAAUGUUGGAGCAAUUCGCAGAUCUAGGACCCCUGAAUCUGGUAUCGCUACAACAACACCAGCCUCUUCAUUGGAGAAUGUUGCAGCAAUUCGCAGAAUACGUACUCCUGAUUCCGGAGUUGCCACAACUACUCCUGCAUCUUCUGUGGAGAAUGUCGGAGCAAUUCGUAGGACUCCUGCCCCUGAGACAGAUUUUGCAACGACCAUCUCUAGAUCUGCUUUGGAGAAUGUUGGAGCGAUUCGACAAACACCACUUCCUGACAUCGGAAUUGCUACUACUAGUCCUGCCUCUGCAUUGGAAAAUAUUGGAGCUAUACAGCAACCUAAACCUGUCCAUCCACACACGGCAACAACUACGGGCGGAGCGUUGAAAGAAAAUGUUGCACAAGUCAACGUACCAGCUGCGCCUCCGGAUAAACAGGAGUUUACGAAAUCUACCGUUCCCAUAGACAGGAUACAGGAUAUCGUUGUUCCUAAACCUGCUCCACACACCACAGCGGAAGUCAAACAAACGGUUUCGGAUGAAGGAUUUGUUCGCCAUGUUGAUCAAGAUUUGGCCCCAACACAGAUAGUCACUACAGAGAGAACUGUCGUUGGUGGAGUUACUAUGGAAGAAGGGAAGAAGAUCAGAACGCAAGGCGAAAGGAAAGUCACCGUGAAAGAGACGACAGAAGUAGAUCAAGAUGAACAGCGACGGCAAUUGGAGCAGCUGGAAAAGAUGGAAAAAGAAAUUGAAGAACGUUUGAAGAGGGGCCCAGAAGUUUCAGAAAGAGUCACACAAACAACAAGUGCCGAGGGAUGGGUGCAGCACGUCAAAGACGAUAUCCGCAAACCUCAAACUUUGCAGACAACAAAACGGUCGACAACAGAAACAACAGAAGAAAGAGUAGGGAAGUUGAUUACGACUGCGGGAGCUCCUACUACGGUGACCACAACGCGGGAAGAACAAGAGGAGGAAGCGCGAAGGCGGUUGGUCGAAUCUCGUAUACCUCAAAUGACUACCAAGGUGACGACGACGACAACUACUGGUGGUUUCGUCCAGCAUGUUCAUGACGAGGUGCCGCCACCCUCACAGGUCACGACUAGCACCCGAACCGAUGAGGAUACUCAGUUGAGGCGUACUGUAGCAACGCGACAGUUAGAACCUUCUACUGAGAAGACUACAACAACUACUACUACUUCUUAUGUACAGAUGACCGGAUCUCGACCCUCUGCGCCAGCACCGCUGACCCAGCAGAGCACCAAAGAAAGUGAAGAGUCGCGAUAUAGGGACAGCUUUAUCGCGGCAUCAGAAGGAGAAGGUUUCUGGACAGACGGUGCUUACACAACAUCGCCAAGUCCGCCACCAGUACCGGAACACAAACGCGUACUCGAAGAGGAACUGCGAGUCAGCGAAAUUGGAUUAUCACGAGCCUCCACGGAACCUCAGUUCAUCAGAGGUUUCCACAGAGAGUACACAGUGGAUGAAAGUAGCAGUAUUACUAUCGAAUGUAUCGUGGUCGGUAAUCCAAGGCCAAGAGUGCGCUUUUUCCACAACGAUAGAGAAAUCAGGGAAGAUUCAAAGUUUGUUAAGAUUGUUACCUCAGUUGACACCUAUUCGAUAGUGAUCGAAAAAGCACGUCUGGAACAUGCUGGUUACUACAAAGUUGUGGCUGAAAAUACGCGAGGAAAAACAGAGUCAAUAACAAUGCUGCAUGUUCGACCCCAAUCUUUGAUCCAACACCACAAAAGGAACGGAGUUGCUGUGCCAUCUCAGAGAAUUACUGAAUAUAAAUCACCCACUGAGCACACGACGGUGACGGAAGAGUUUGCCAUGUUUGAGUACGAACAAAAACGACCGCAGAAGCAUGAUACGAGUAGAUUAGUGACUCCACCACCGGCAAAGAGGUUCCAGGGUAGAAGGGAUGAGGAAAUGUUAGAACAGUACGACUUGCAACAGCAACAAUCUGCAGGUCAUCCUCCUCAUUUCACACAGACUUUAGUGGCCGCCGUCGCAGUUGAUGGAGAAUCCGCACGAUUUGAAGGCAUCGUGACUGGCUGGCCAGCUCCAACCAUAGAAUGGACCAAAGACGGAGUACCCUUUACCCGAACAUCCUUACCAGACGUUGAAGUUAGCAAUAUUGGUGGCAGAGUGUCUCUGUCAUUCAAGAAUUGCCGCAGCAUCCAUGCUGGUAAAUACAUGUGCACAGCCCGUAACCCCAGCGGAGUAGCUACGAGCAGUGCACAACUUGUAGUCCGUCCAAAGACAAUAGCGCCAGAUUUUACGCAGAGAUUGAUAAGUGAAGAAAAGGUUGAAGGUGAACAAUUGAGAUGGACAGUCAGAGUGACAGGUGAUCCUUUACCAAAGGUUACAUGGUUGCGUGAUGGCAUAGAAAUUCCUGAUUGCGAAGAGGUUCGAUUGAUUGAUGAAGGAAAUGGAGUGCAUACACUGCUGAUCGUACGCGUGGAAGUAGCUGAUAGUGGACAGUUCACAUGCUUGGCCGAGAAUGUGGCAGGAGAGGCCCGAAGUACCGCCGAUCUUGUGGUGAGACCAGCUGGCAGCCGUCCUGGCAGUUAUUUUCAUAUCACUAAGGUGACACAGGAGAAGCAGGUCCAAGGAGAGCAACCUGUUCGCAGCAGUGCCUUCGCCAUUGAGAAUCCUCCUUCGCAAAGUGACAUGCUAUGAACGCAUGCGAAAAAAAAAUCUAUGACGACUGCGAACUUAUAUGGCGAACCUGCCCACCUCCGACAUCCGAGUCUUGGCUCUGAUAUUUUUGCAGACAAAAGACUCAGUAGAUUUCAUAGAAUGUGUUUUAUGCUGUGCUGCCAAAGACGUGCUGACACCAGUAGUGCAGCCUUCGCGGCCUUAUCCAAUGUGCUUUCCAUUUACGGAGAUGGUUUAGUUAGAAAUCUUUUAGUUCAUUAAAUCGUUUUGGUUUCUUGUUUCUAUUACUACUGCCCUCAACAAUGAUUUCAUGGCUUUUUGGAAAAUAAAUGCUAAAAUCUGUUUA